AUGCCAUCUCCUUUUUCCUCCAAACCAGAAUACAUCUUUGACGACGAAGAAAAGUUCAAAGAAAAGACGAUCAGUUCGAGGAAAUAUAUCACCAAGUUCAUUUUAUAUUUGAAGUUCAUGACUUCAAACCUUUAUAUUGUUGGGCAUUUAACGACAAAUACUAAUCGACUGCUACACAUGUAUCACCAGGUGUCCCCGCCCAACGGCAAUACUCCAACAGUGAAGGUGUGGUUCCAGAACCGCCGCAUGAAGCACAAGCGCCAGGCGAUGACCAAGAGCGACGACCCCGACAAGAAGGCGGGCGGCGGCCGCCACCGCGCCGACGACGCCACCAACAACAACACCAAGUCGGCGCCGUCCUCGCCCGACAGCAUGUGCUCCUCCGACGUCAAGAAGGAGGAGAGCAACGACAGCCUGCCUCUGGGCGGCGGCGCGGGCGGCAGCGGCGCGGGCGGCCCCCUCCCCUCCGUGGGGCCGGGGGCGCCCGGGGGAGGCGGCCCCCCCGGCUCGGGCCUCGCGCCCCUCGCCGCGCUCGACACGACCAAGGUCAAGUGCGAGGACUCCGAGGGCGUGCGCUACCCGGGCCCGGCGGCCUUCGGCGGCGAGGGCGUGGGCCUCAAGGACGGGCCCGGGGGCGGGGCACAGGACACGGCUCCCCUCAACACCCCGCCCAUCCCGCGCGCCACGCCGCCCCUCACGCCCGCGACGCCCACGCCCUCCCCUGCCCACCUGGCGGGAGGCGCCCGCGGCGUGCCCGGGUCGCCCGCCCUCACCACCCCGCCCAUCACAUCCAGCAGGGGAGGCCCGCCGCCCGCGCCCACCACCACUGCGGUGUCCGCCUCCGCUGCCGCAGGCGCAGCCUCCACCACGAACACCUUGCCGUCGCACGGGUUCGCCGUGAACUCCGGCGGCCGCGGCGCCGCCCGCAGCGCCUCCUUCUCCUACUGCGGCGCAGAGGGCAAGGGGCGCGGCAUGGCCGGCAGCUACCCGGGCGCGUACCGAGGGGCGUGGGUCGACCAGUACCGGGGCAUGGGGCGCGCCACGCCGCCCCAGUUCAUGGCCAACGCCAACAGCCGCGCCUCCGGCACCCACGCCUACGACUACACGUGCGCGCAGCAGCACCAGCAGCAGCAGCAGCAGCAGCAGCGCGGCCAGCACAUGUACAACGGCGGCUACGGGAUGGACGGCUACUCCUACAACCGGCACUACUACAACAACAACAUGAUGUGCGCCGACGGCUACUCGAGCUACAACUACAUGUACGGCAGCGGCGGCAUGUACGCGUGCCAGGGCGACGCCUCGGGCCACCAGUACUACGACUCGUACGGCAUGACAGGCGCCACCGGCUACGAGCACGCAGACAAGGGCUCCGGCAUGGCCUCGAUGACGGCCAAUAAUCCUGCCAACAUGGCCAACAUGGCCAGCAUGAACAAUAUGUCUCAGGGCGGCGGCGGUGGCUACUACGGCGGCGGCGGGGCCAACGGCGCGAGCGCGGACGGCGUGGCCUAUCAGGAGCAGCAGUACGCCAACCACCAGCAGACCCACGAGCACGACCUCAACUUCACGUUCAACUUCUUCGAGCAGGGCGGCGGCGGCGGUGGCGGCGGCGGCGGGGCCAACGGCGCUGCCGGCGGCGCGGGGGGCGGCACCGGCGGGAGCACGGCGCCCAGCGAGAACAGCAACUCCUCCGACUUCAACUUCCUCUCCAACCUGGCCAAUGACUUCGCGCCCGAGUACUACCAGCUGAGCUGAGCUCGCGCGGCGUCCGGCAGCGAGGGCGGCGACGCGUGCGAGCUGAUAGACUUCAUGUGAUGCGCAAAAGAGAAUUUAAAAAUGAUAAGAAAUAGAUAAUUUUUAUAGACCAUUUAUUAUUUGUGAUUCUCCUACAUUGACAGUUAGCAAAAAAGAUGUAAGUGUGAGUAAGCGAAGGGCGUCCAGGCGCGCGAGAGAGCCCCCGCGGCCGCCCGGGCCUGGCCUCGAGCUGGGCCGGAGCCGCCGGCCGAGGCGCCGCGGGAGGCCGGCAGCGACGCCGCAGCCCGGGAACUGGUCCUGCUUCGUGUUAACGGUGAUGAGUGUGUGUAGUGUGUGAAUUGUGUAGGGUAUGAAUAACGCCCUAGUGUCAAGUGGCACUCAGUGUCAUCCGGACUGCGCCGCACGGAUAGGUGCCGCCUGUGGCCGGGCACCACUUGGCCAGAAGUGCCACAAUCGUGUCCUUUUGUGCAUGGCACCAUUAUGUCCCUUGUUGAUGUAUGAAUAUCACUGACCCCAGAAUGUGUUCCAGUGCAUGGCACUUGUGUGUGUCACGUGUCUUGUGUGAGUGCCACACUGUAUCCUGCAGCCGCUUGGUGACCGAACCAUUGCCAAGGGAGCCAUGCGCCGCGCGGAGCGAGUGUCACGUAGCGGUGUGGUGCCAGUCAUUCCAACGCCCCGUAGAUGUCCCCCCCCCCCCCCCCGUGCGCGGUAGCCGUGUAGUCGCCCGUAAUUCCUCUCUCCCGUAGGGUUAAGCUUCGGCGGCCUCGCCCUGAGGCCGCCGGUGAUAUGGGGUCAUCAUUCUGUUGUCGGAUUUUCAGCAAUAAUUUAUACAACUUUUAAAUUUUUCUCAUUAUUUUUCCAAAUGCUGGGAGCCCGCGAGGCUCGGGGACUGAAAUCACGAUAUCUUCCUUAGGUUACUUGGCGAGAGUGAAGAGAGCCGCGUUCGAUAAGAUGCGG